AUGGCAGCAAGCAAGCAAAAGAAACGACAGAUGAAUUCUACAACCUCAGAGCAAUGCAGACCGGUGAAGAAAUCAAAAUCUGACUCAUCUAAUUGUCUAGUAAGUUUGAAGCCUCAUAUUGGUCUUCAAUGGGACCAAUAUCUGAGGAGAGUUGUGCCAAAACAGGAACAAGUUGGAAUUUUGUGGUCAGACUUGGCCCCUUUCGUAAAAAGCAAGAAACGUCGAUCAGGCCUUGCCGAUGUUAUAAAUGUUCCUUCAGACACUUUUUCUCUUGAGAACCUGAUAGGUAUACUAUCCUGCGAGGUAUGGUCUACAUGUCUGACAGAAGCUGAGAGAAUGUUUCUCACACAAUGUCUUCCAGGCGAGACUCACGAAGAAGAAAAUGUACAUUUGUUGCUUACAGGAAAAAAUCAUCACUUUGGAAAUCCUUUUCUCAGCUGGUCAUCUUCUCUUUGCUAUGGUGACGUUCAUCCAGAUGCUGUACUUAACAAGGAGAACCGCAUGAAAAAGGAUGAGAAGGCAUAUAAUAUUAGUUUGCUUAAUUACUGUUCCAAAAUGGCGGAUACCUUGAAGAAAUGGAGGAAGAGAUGGCUAAGUUUUGGUAGUAUGGAGAAUCUGUUCAGAGAUAACCCUCCUAAUCAGAAUCAAGGAGUUAUGCAGCUGAAAACUACUAAGAUUGGAAUACCCCUGAUAAAGGUUGCACAAAGUGUCGAUGUUUCGAAGUUUAUGUCUUACAUCAAAGUUAGUAGAGUACAGCUCAAGCAUAUCAAGAGACUCAAGCAAACUGGGGAUGGCAUUCAGAUCAAUCAUGUUUCACGUGUAAUUGGUGGCCUUAAUAAAUACAAUGUAAAACCAUAUGGAGCUCUGAUAGAGGAUGAACAGAGGAGACUGCGUGAACAUUGGUUGAACAUGUCAUGCCAUGAUUUACCUGCUGCUUUUGAGGUUCUUAAGGACAGGAAGGCGCUGAUGGAUAAAUCAAGAAAACUAUUAUGCGUUGAGCUUGAAGAGAAGAAUGUAUAUGUCUCAAGAUAG